AUAAAACAGCAUUUGAAUUUUCGAAGGGAGAAAGAAAAUGGCGGCAACGAGCGACGAAGAAAUGGAAUCACUGCUCUCUGCUUUCGAUCAGAUCUAUGAGGAUGUUAAGAACGGCAUUUCGGAGAUGCACUCCUUGCAAUCUAACCACGCUAGAGAGUUGAAGAUGCGUGAAUCACUCGAAGCUACUUGCAUCACCCUCAGAAGAGAGAAUGAAAAUAUGGCGAAACGGUACAUGGAGUCUUUAAAGAAUCUGGCUGAUCAGGUGCUUGAAGUUAUGCCCUGGACUCAGUUUUCUUGUUUGAGUAGAGAAGGUGGUACUAUAAGGAUGAAAUAAACAUGCUUUGGAUCUAUGAUUGAAAGUUGGUUGUAAAUUGCGGUUGAUUUCCGUACAAAAUGCCUCAACAUGAAAGAGGAACUGGAAAGAGCAAGUAAAGAAGUUUUCUUUAAAGAAGAUGAACAUAAAAAGGCUAUGAAACUGCUUCAGCAAGAAUAUGAAGAAAAAAUUGCAAGAUUAGAAGCUGAGAUUAAGGCAUGUCUACAUAAGGAAGCCACAUAUGAAUCAACCACAAAUCAGCUGCAUCAAGAUUUAACAGCACAUAAAAAUCAUAUGCAAGUCCUAGCUAACAGGUUGGACCAAAUCCAUUUUGAAGUGGAAUCAAAAUAUAAUGUUGAGAUUCAAGACUUGAGAGAUUGCCUCCUGGCUGAGCAGGAAGAAAAAAAUGAGUUAAACAGAAAAAUAAAGAAACUGGAAAAGGAAUUGGUGAUUUGCAAAGAGAAGUUGGUAGACCAGCAGCAAGAAAUGACCUCAAACUGGCAAGUGGAGACACUGAAGCAGAAAAUCAUGAAACUAAGAAAGGAGAAUGAGGUGCUCAAAAGGAAGUUGUCUCAUUCUCAAGAGGUGAAGUAAUGUUGGAAAACUCGAGCUAGCAACUUGAGUUCAUGGUGAUACGGUUUCCAACAC